AUGUCUCUUCCUCAUUCUCUGGUCUUUCUGUUUAUGGUUCAGGGUGUUUACGGUCAGAACUGGGGUGUCACUUAUAAUCCUGAUAGUAUCUGUGUCCUGAAGGGUUCAUCAGUAACCAUGUCCUGCUCCUACACAUAUGCCAAUGAUAAUACAGUCGAAAGAGUUUUCUGGACAAAGCAUGAAGUUGAGAACCCCUCUGAUUUGUCUGAAGACAUAGAUUAUAAAGGCAGGUUUCAUUACCUUGGAGAUAAACGGUCAAGCUGUACCAUGAAACUGAUUAAUGUGACUCAGACACAUUCAAGGAGAUAUCGAUUCAGAUUUAUUACAGAUAAGGACAGGUGGCUUGGUCAAUCUGGAGUUAGACUGUCAGUUACAGACCUACAGGUGGAGACUCCAGAGAGAGUGAUGGAGGGUGAUACAGUCACUCUGAAAUGUAAUACCACCUGUUCUCUGAGUAACACACCAACCUUCAUCUGGUAUAAAAAUGGACAUGAUUUAACAAGGACAACCAUGAAGAACAAUGAACUCUCUCUCCAGUCAGUCAGCUCUGAGGAUAGAGGCAGUUAUAUGUGUGCUGUACAAGGCCAUGAGAAUCUUCCCUCUCCUGCUGUCACCCUCAAUGUCAUACAUCCUCCAAGAAGUACCACAGUCUCAGUCAAUGCCUCUGGUGAAAUAGUGGAGGGAAGUUCAGUGACUCUGACCUGUAGCAGUGAUGCUAAUCCACCACAGAUAAACUACACCUGGUAUAAAGAGAAUGUAACUUCACCUGUAGGAUAUGGACAGAGUUACAUCAUCAACAACAUUCAGUCCAGUAACAGUGGACUGUACUACUGUGAGGCCCAGAAUAAACAUGGCUCUCAGAAAACCACUGCUGUACCAAUCACACUGAAAGGGUGUUACCUGAGUACUGUUACAGUGCCACGUUAUACUUAUCUGCUUUUGCAAAACUGUCUGUAUAAUGAUGAACCACCAAGGGGCUUGAGUGAUGACACCACAUCACAUGAACCAGACACUCAAGAUGACCCAGCCAAUCAGGAUGUCUCAGCCAGUCAGGAUGAUGAAGUGUAUGCCAACGUUUCUUUUUCAGAACCUGAGUCAUCACGUCGUGUCUCUAACAUUGUUAAUGAUGAUACAUAUGCUAACAUGUAG